AUGUGUAUCUUAACGGUUAUGUCAUGGACAACCAAACAACAAGUGCUGAAUCUGCUCACGAUGUGGGAAACAAUGCAGAACACGGAAACUGAUGAAAAAGUGCCAAACAUUGGCGAAUCAUCGAUUCAAAACCUAUACACCGUUGAAUCGAAUAAUAUGACAAACAUUGGCGAAUCAUCGAGUCAAAACAAGAACACCAUUAAAAUGGAUACAGUUGAAAACAAUGAACCAUCUGAUGAAGAUAAAGUAUGGAUCAUGGACAAGCAAAUCUGCGAUGGCAUUGAAGCCCGUCUUGGCGAUUUCAUUUCGAUUUACUUUGAAGGAUGGAUUGAAGGAAAGGACGUAUCGUUUAGCCAACACAUGUCUGGAACUCCAUACAAGUUCCAGUUAGGUAAAAACGAACAUAUUCGUGGCUGGGAUCUUGGCAUUGAGGGCAUGAAAACGGGAUCUAUUCGCCGCAUUAAGUGUCCGCCAUCAUUGGCAUACGGAGAAGCUGGGCUUUUGUCACUAGUGCCACCCAAUGCCACGCUUAUCUUCGACAUAACACUUCUAGAAGUGAACACCACUGAAUAA